CUAUACCUCCACUCACCCCAAAUGCCUACAUGGCAUAUAGUGGGACAAACUUUACUUUUUUUUAUGUUGGUUAUUAGACUCCAUUGGUAGUGAUUUCUGUUAAUGUCAUGUGUAUUGAGAGUUAAGACAUUUAUAUUCCUGAAGAAGCUGUUUUGUUUCUUCUGUUGGAAAUGUUUUGGAUUAUUAGUACUGCCUUUUCAUGUUCUGUGUGACAGUAAUAGAAGAAAGACCGAGUUAAAAUAUUUGGGAAUGAGAGUAAUGAAUGAAGAUUACAUUCAAGAUGUAAUGGCCUAAUUUUAGGGACUAUCCAAGAAUUUGUCUCCACAGGCUGAAGAAAACCAUGAAAUAUCUCAGUCAUGAUAGCAAACCUUCAGGCUAAUAUUUGAACCCAGGAUCUUCCAAAUAUGAGGCAUGAUUGCUACCCAUUUAGCCAUGACCUUCAGUCAUACUCAUGAAUAAUAAAAUAUACAAAAUUAUAAUUUUACAUAUUGUUUUGUAUGAGUUUGAGGCUUGUUUUAUACCCUGAAGGCAAAGCAUGCUUUGAUGGGAAAUGAGAACAAGUGUAGAGAAUGUUUUGACCUGAGGAAGAAGUAAUAGAAUAAUGGAUAAUAUUACAUGAGGAACUUCAUAAUUUGUGCUCUUGUUAGGGCAGUUAUGUCAGGGUUGAUGAGAUGGGCAGGGCAUAUUUCAAAAAACAUUAGAUGAAAUCUAUGUGUCUGGUAUAUUUAUAAAUUAUUUUUGUGAAACACAUUACUUGGAUUGAAACGUGCAUCACAUCUUUGAAUACUGCUUGUAAUGUUUUCCUUAAUACAGGAGCAUGCUCGUAAUGCCUGCAACAAGCUGCAUCCUUGUGGCCACAUGUGUGGAGGCAUUAAGGGGGAGGCAGUGUGUUUACCAUGUCUCCAUGGCUGCUCAGCCAAACCCACUCUUAAGCAGGAUGCUGAUGACAUGUGCAUGAUCUGCUUCACAGAGGCUCUUUCUUGUGCUCCAGCUAUUCAGCUAAAAUGCGGUCAUGUGUUCCACUACCAUUGUUGCCGUUGUGUUCUAAUGAAAAGAUGGGUGGGACCCAGGAUAACGUUUGCGUUUUCUCAGUGUCCAAUUUGUAAGUGUAACAUAGAACACCCAGUUCUAUCAGAACUCUUGGUGCCAGUGAAGGAACUUUAUGAAGACGUGCAGCGCAAGGCAAUGAUGAGACUAGAGUAUGAAGGACUGCACAAAGUGGAAGCAAUCACAAGCCCUGGUGCAAGAUUUCAUAAUGAUCCAGCUAGUUAUGCCAUGGAUAGAUAUGCCUAUUAUGUAUGUUACAAGUGCAACAAGGCUUACUAUGGAGGGGAGGCACGCUGUGAUGCAGAAGUGGGGGAGGAGUAUGACCCGACAGAGCUGGUGUGUGGUGCUUGCAGUGAUGUUUCUAGAGCCCAGAUGUGUCCUAAGCAUGGCACAGACUUCCUGGAGUACAAGUGCCGCUACUGUUGCUCUGUUGCUGUGUUCUUCUGUUUCGGGACUACUCAUUUCUGCAAUGCAUGCCAUGAUGACUUCCAGCGUGUUACCAACAUUCCACGGCUUGAACUGCCUUCAUGUCCAGCAGGUCCAAAGGCUAAACAGCUGGAGGGAGAGGAGUGCCCAUUGCAUGUGAAACAUCCUCCA